GAAUUUAUUAUCUGUGAUUGCUGUGUAUGGCGGAUUGUGGGGAAGAAGGACAUUUGCUGAUAGUAUCUGCGUAACUGAAUGCGAAUACAUUUAUUAAUCGUAAGAAUUGGACAGUUUUAGCCUUUAUUCCACACUUUUUUGUGUUUGAUUCUGUGAUUACAUACUGCGGGUGAUUGUUGCAGCGUAAUUACUUACACACACAAGUUUUGUUUUAACGGUACAACUAAAUGUCUGACGUAGCUUGCUCCACCUAGAAGUGAAUAGAAUUAAACAUGAUUGAGCUUACAGUGAAGACAUUAGAUUCACAUAAUCAUGGGUUUUCUGUACCAGAUGAUACUACCGUGAAGCAACUGAAAGAGAAAAUUGCUGAAUCGAUCAGUAUUCCUGCAGAUUCUCAGCGGUUGAUUUAUUGUGGAAGGGUGUUGGUAGAUGAAAAAAAUUUGAGUGAAUAUGAUGUCAAUGGCAAGGUCAUUCAUCUUGUGCAUCGGCCUCCACCUCAGGCAGGUCGUCCCAAUGGAAAUAACUCGGGUGGCAGGUCUACUAAUCAGCAACAACGUCGCACAAACCAACAUCACAGACAACCUCGCAUGGAUGGAAAUGCCAUGUAUCUGGGGGCUAUGGCCUUCCCUGCAGAUCUUAUGGAUGCACAAGGUAUACAGCCACCUCAGCCGUCACAUAAUCUCUCACAAAGCCGCUUAAUUGUGGCUCGUCGAAUGAUACGCCGUGCAUCAGCUGUUCUGCAGCGAUUGGAAUGGCCUGGCAUUCAGGAGUCACCAGACCCAGAAAUACCUCCAGAAGAUACUGAGAAUGGGAGUGGUUCGAAUGGAGAGAACAAUGGAAAUGGUGGUAGCGUGCUUACACAAGCUCAGCCCUUUGCUGGCAGCAUUGCUCAGGCUGCACAAGCUGCCACAGCUGCUGCAAUAGCUGCUGCAGUCUCUGCUGCUCAUGCUGCAGGUGUCCCGAACAUCACCAUUGUCCGAGGGGGGCAGCCACAAGGAUCACAGGAGACUGUCAAUAUUCGGAUAGAUGGUUCUGGCAAUGAGGAAGGCACAAGAACUGAGCAAGUCAGCAGUUCGGAGGCCGGAGAGGCUGAUGCACAAGCCACGCAACAGACAUCAGCAGAUGCCAAUUCAAUGUCUGGAAGUGAAAAUCAAAACAGGAGGUCUACAGAGUACCCGAGAACAAAUGACAUGGCAGCCUUGCUAGAUGACUUGAACAAUGUUACUGCACAUAUGCAACCGUAUCUGCAGCAGUACCAUCAACUCAUGCGAGUUGAUCCAGUUCUUGAGGCAGAUUCAACAGCACUCCAAGAGGCCCAGAGAGUGUUCAAUUCUGUGUCAGAAGUGAUGCACUUUCUGUCUCAUGCAUAUCAUGCCAUGAGUGACAUCAUGUGUGAAUUGUCGUGUCCUCCGCCGCGUAAUCUGAGAUGUCGUCCAGUACUUAUUCAACAUUCUGCAUUACUGCAGGCAGGGAUACCAAUUCAGGCUCAGAUUAAUGUAAUGGCAAACAGACCGAAUGCAGGUAACACCUCACAGCCAACUACACAUGCUGAGAAUGAUAAUUCAUCACCACCACCACCACCUCCCACAACUUUGGGACCACCCAGCAGUGGUACUGUGGCUGCUCAGACCGAGACUGCUGCAACCAACGCUAACCAGACUCAAGAUGCACCCCAGACCCAGUCUGCAAGACCUCAUGUUACUACUCAAGCCCAGAAUUCAGAACAAGGCUUUGUUCCUCAACCUACUUUCAACAUUACUCCAGGUAAUGUGGAGUUCUUCAUGGAAGUUGGACCAGGUAGUAUCACUAUUGAUUCUCUGGAAGCAACAGUAGUUACCAAUGGAAAUACAAGUGGACCUUCAGGUGGAGUAGAUCCCAAUGUUGUAGGUGGCAACUUUCCCUGGGGUUCACCACCUCCACCAGAGUUCAUACAUAAUUUGAUGCAAGCUGUAGCAGGACAUGUGAUGAGUCGAACUGGUAAUGUACCAAACACUAAUGGAACUACUCAGGCAGCUGCUGGUGCAGGCGUGAGUGCAGGAGGGCAGAACAGUCAGGCCCGUGGCAACACAGCUACGCACCCCACCACCUCUACGCAAACACGCUCUACUUCACGUCCCCAUGUUCAUCUUGCACCAGCUACUGUGCAAGGCUUAGGUUCAACCAACUUUGAUCCAUUCUUACCAUGCAAUUCACACCAUGUACGGACAUUCAGGCGUAGGCAAAGAAUAGCUCAACAGGCCCAAGAGCAGUUGGCUGCCACUGCAAGUUCAGAACCCCAAGUUGAGGUUCAAGUGUCGGUACAAGUGGCAGAGCAGCCACAGCAGUUGUCACAACCAUCAGAAGAUUCCAGUAGCCAUCCUGCCCAGUCACCACCAUCACCUCAGCCACGACCCACACCCCAGCCCGAACAUCAGUCUCAACCCCCUCCCCCCCCACAGCCACAACAACAGGCUGGCAACCUUUUCAGCUUAAUUUCAAACAUCAUUGGCAAUAUGCGUGGUGGAACACCUGGCAUGGGUAUGGGUUCAUUUUCCUUCCAGAUCCCAACAGCACCACCACCACCAAUGCAUCCUCCUUCACCACCGAGGCCUCCCAACAUGCAGUCAGCUACUGCUGGUGCUGCCUCAGCUCCUGGUGCCGCCUCAACGAACCAAACUCCUGGCUUAUCAUUCCUGUCUUUGAUGAACAUGAUGACCGGCCAAGGAACUUCUGGGGUUGGUGAGACUCCUCCAGUGAUGUCACAAAUGUUUGAGAACUUGUCUAGUGGACUUGGAGGAACAUUUUUUGUGCAAGGCUCCAGUCCAACAUUGGCUGACUUACUGCAGUCUAUUCCUGACCAUUCCUACACAGAAGGAGAGUCUAUCUUUGCUGAUUUAGCCAUGAUAUUGGCACGAAAUUUAACAUUCCAGGAUUUGAUCGCUCAGUGUUUUGGAUAUAUGGCCUCACUGAACAACAUACACCCACAGUUGAGGGAGUUUGUUGGCCAGCGCAUAUUGCAAGGCCAGACACCCACCCCAGAGAACAUAGCCCGAGGUGCAGACAUGCUGAUUAGGGAAAUGAGACCCUACUUUGAUAUUACGCUGGAAGCACGACUUCGAGAUGAAGUAGAUUUGGUUGCUACUGCAAAUCAAUAUAAUCAGAUCCGCCUUCCAGAAGUUAUCACAAUCAUAAUGUCUGAAGGAAAUGAAAACAACUUUGGCCAGGAAGUGUUUCGUUGGUGUCGAAGAUACAUCGGAGAGAUGAGUGCUAUUUUGAUGCAUUGUUGUGUAGAUAAAAUUCAGGGGCUGGAGACAAUAAUGCAGAGUUAUGUGCAACGUCUGACAAGUGGAGUGCAUCCAGCUAUACAGCAGUGGACUGUAGGAAGUUCAAUUACACAUCUACGUACCUAUAUCUCUCAGUUGGAUGUUCCAUUUGAAGAUAUUCAACGAUAUUUGGUGUACCGCAUCCGGGGAACAGCUGAGCCCCCUGUCCCACCACCAGCAUCAGUUUCAGCACAGGAGUCACCAGUUCACGCUGAACAGGUUGAGGCUAGUGCCAUUUCAGAGCCAAUGGAAACAGAUGGAAUUUCAUCUGAAUGCAAUCGAAUUGGUGUGCCGGUUCAAAAUAAGGGUGAACAAGAUCGAGGGCUGACAAUGGACACUGAUAAUCUUCCAGAUGUGUUGUUGGGUUCUGAGACAUGGCACAAUGCCCUGCCUUCUGACUGGGUUCCUAUUAUAGCAAGAGACACACAAAGGCAGCGUAGGCAAAAUCCUCAGCCUCCAUUCAGUGAUGCUUACCUGGCAGGGAUGCCAUCUAAGAGGCGGAAAAUAGUAACUGCAGCAAAACCUCAAGGAAGCCUAAGUAAAAUUAUUGCAGAGAGUGUUGGUAAUGCUGUAGAUGCUGCUGGAGUGGAUGCUGUAACUGGACUGGAAACUGUGACCCAGGUUGCUGGCAAUGAUCCUGAAAUACAAGCAGCAUACAGAGAACAAGUGCGCUUGGCUGUACGGGAAAACUUGGCCAACAAUCCAGACUUCACAGCAGAGCAGUUCCCAAACACUGCAAAAUAUUUUAAGUAGCGAACAGGAACUUUAUUGUAGCAAACAGGAACUUUAUAGAAAUAACUUUAUUUUGCCAUUUGUUAGAUACACCAAGAUAUGUCUGUAAGUACUGCACAGACAACUGACUUGGUUUUGUGUGCCUCUUUAAAAGAAAGUGAGGUCAUUGUCAAAAUAUGUCUGUAUUCCCUUGAAAAUUAAUAGAACAGUGUUACAAGUAUAUUUUGUGUAUUAAUAAAUGAGUCGAGUUUUGAUUAAAAUAGUAGUACACAAUUCCAGUGUUACCAAAUAUUUUGACAGCUUUAUAUAAAGCAGAUACUUUUGUUAUGAGAUGGGAGGUUAGACUUCUUUCCAGAUAUGCUUUUGUACAAUGUUGCCAUCUGCUUAUCUCAUGUUGCUUUUUCUCUAGCAUGUCCUGGAAUUUCCUGCAGACGUUUCUGAAUAUUUGAAUUAUUCUGCUAUGUCUUCCUCAGAUGACUUGCAUUUCCUUGCACCUGUAUACAAAUAAUUACAGAAAUCAGUGUGUUUUAGAAAGAAAAUUGGUAUUUACUUACCAGUACUGAUAUGCUUGUGUUUUAUUAAAUGUUACCAUAUAACUCCAGUACAGCUAAGCUUAUUUUUGCAGGUUGUACAAGAAUUGUAGGCUGUUUCAUACAAACCAAAUAACACAAGCAAGACUUCUGUGCCAAGUUAAAGAGCAGAAACUGUUUAAAUAAAAUGUUCUAUAUAGUUGUGGCACCUAAUUAACUUAUGUGUAUAACAUUACAUGCAAUAGAAAACUGACACGCAAUCAUCUGUCCAAUUGGAUUGUGGUUUGCACAGCAGAUCCUUCCUAAUUAUCUCAUUCAUUUCAUUGUAGGGAAUGGGUUAAUAACUGAAAUUAAUUCAGCUUUAUAUAUGUUAUUCGUAGUUUGUUUUUCAUAUUCUGGGAUGUUAUUCUUGCUGCUAGGUAUGCAGGUCCCUGUGCUUUUGUCUUCACAUUGCACACUUUACUCUCGUCCAUUAGUGAGGAGAAAUGUUGAACAUGCUAUAAGUUAGGAAUAUUUAAAAAUAUUAUUUCAUUGCAUAUAAUAAAAACUCUGACUGUUUUAACUUUAUUUAAUGUGAACUUUGUAAUAAGUUAAUUAUCAAUACUUAGAUAAGGAGUUGAAUGAGGACUGAAAAAUAAUGUAAAUGUGAAAUUAUUAUGAACCCAUUAUAUUCAUCUACAUACCCUACCCAUCUCAUUCUUGAUUUAAUCACCCUAACAUUAUGAAGCUUCUCGCUGUAUAUCAUCUCCAUUCCUGUCACUUAUUUUCACAUAAAUCUUCACCCUUAUAUCAAUUUAAAUACUCAUAAUCAUGUGUAGUAAACUAAAUUUUUAAAGAAGUAUUGAUGAUGUGAAUGAGUUAUACUUAAUGACAGUUCACAUGUGUUCAGCAGAGAAUGUAUUAAAAUUCCAGACCUCUUAACCACCAACCCCAUAACAUAGACUUAAUUUAAUGUACAGGAAUACUGAUUACUGUCUUAAUCUCUCAUACUACUUCCACUUCGAAGUUCAUUAUGUAGGGUUAAUAUUGCUAUCAGCCCAUGAACAUGAGUGUUGCGUUACUUUGAUUUGGAGACUGCUGAUUUAGCAGACUUACCUUAUAUAAAUUAAGUACUGUUAUCAUCUUUCCCAUACUUUCAGGAUUGUUAAAUGGAGGAAUUAUAAAAAUGUUGCCAUUAGCUUAUGAAUUCUAAAUACUUUAUUGUGUGUGACCAGUGCUUAACUCCUCCGCACAAUGUUUUAUAAGAGAUACCAGUACAUUGUACAUCAUAGCUCUGUUUGCAUGUAUUAGCUUGGUUUGUAACAAGUUUUAACUUGAGAGACAAAUCAUUACCUUUAGAUGAAAGCACUGCCCACAUAUACUUUGCUUUCAGUCCAAAUUUUAUAAGAGAAAGUUUUUUUUUUUAAAAUUGUGCUAGGUAACAUAAAUAAAAAGUUUGUGGUCUCCUCUAUAGAAUUGGCAGUAGUUUGAUAUAUAAGCGAAGAUAUCUGACGAAAUAUAUAAUGUAAUGAUAUAAUUAGAUAGACACAUGUCUUUGCAACACUUCGGAUUAAAUAUGUCCACCAGAUCAUAAAGCCAUGUCAAUGAAUGAAAGGUAGUCACAUAAGUUAUAUAUGCAUGCCACAGUUGUUCACCAUGAUGAUAAAUAUUAGAACACCAGUCUGUAUUAUGUUGGUUUACAAGAUUGUGUAUAUGCUGUAAUACUUUCCUCAGACUUAAUAUGGCCAAGUGGUUAGCACUCAUGCUUUGUGUUAGAGAGAUCUUGGUCCAGAUAACUGGCUAUCAUGAGUUUUUUCAUGAUUUUUCUUUGUCACUCCAGGCAUUUGUCAGGAUAGUACCUUAAAUUAGGCCAUGACAACUUCCAUCCAUAUCAUUUCCUACCAUUCAUUGCUGUAUAGUUAGAGCUACUGAAAGCAUUUUCAAAUAAACCAUAGAUAAUGAAA